AUGGCACCAACCCAAAGCACCUUGCAAUUCAAAUCCGGUUACGAGACUGAUGAUAGUGCUAGUGCUCCUUGUCGUUCUGGACAAAUCACCACUCCUGCAGGUCUAGGACCCGGAAUGAUCUGUCCCCCUUCCGACAGUCGACAACCCCUCCCAAGCACUUCGUUUACCUUUUCCGUUGGAACUAACGAAGUCUGGGCGACUGUAGACAAGGGAAAGGGCAAGGAGGCCAAAACCGACACCCCCGAGAUUGUGAGUGGACCAACACGCAAGACGAUUCCUGCCCCAAGACGAAAUGGAGCGGUUGGUUCGGCUCAAGGGACUUCCAAGUCCAAGGAAGCUGAGAUGAAUUUGGCAUUGGCAGCUGAAGCCGGAGUUGCACCUGAUCUUAAUUCAGACUCCGAUGAUAAAAACCAGCAAGUUCAUAAGCGAGUUCGAGCGUCAAAUGAACAAGGACAAAACAACUUUGACCCACCUGUGUUAUUCUAUGGGAAACCGUUCUGUCGUCCCAACGAUUAA